CGUACAAUAUUGUCCACUUGUUAAUAUGUUAUUUUCAAAAGUAACUUUCACAAUAUGUGUGCUCCUUUAUGCACAAAUCACAGAAAUAACUGGUGCACAAAAAUAUAAGGACUAUGUAAAUUACAAAUAUUAUGAAAUCAAGGGAAGUGCAACUAGUAUCGAGAAUUUAAAAAAUGCUUUAAUAGAAGACAGUGAGACACUUUUCUAUUUUAGUAGUAAAAGAUCAACAGAAGUUGUAGUAGCUCCCGAAGUGAAUUCAAAGUUUCAACAAAUAACUUCUGCAGAGAAUUUAAACGCUACACUUCUUUAUAAUGACAUUUCCAAGUUGAUUAGUGAAGAAAAGGUAUCGCCUUUGCGAAGAGGCCGGAGAGGUUUCACAUGGGAUGCUUAUUAUGAUGUCAACUAUAUAUACAAAUAUUUACAAAAUAUGAGUAAAACUUACUCUGAGUGGACUGAGUCAAUAGUGGGGGGACAGAGUUACGAGAAAAGAGAGAUUCGUGGUCUGAGAAUUAACACACCAACUCGAAAUAGCGAAUCGAAGCCUGUGUUCUUCAUUGAAUCAGGUAUCCACGCCCGGGAGUGGAUAGCGCCGGCCACAACGACGUACUUCAUCAAUCAAUUGCUCACAAGCGCCGAUCCUAAUGUAACGAGAUUGAGGGAUCAAUUCGACUGGCGAAUCUUCCCCACAGUUAAUCCUGAUGGAUACCAUUACAGCCAUACAUUCGACAGGAUGUGGCGCAAAACGCGUUCCGUGUCGUCCAAUGGCUGUAUAGGCGCUGACCCAAAUCGCAACUGGGACUAUAAUUGGGGACAGGAAUCUUCAUCGCAUAAGCCAUGCAACUAUCAGCUAUACUGCGGCUCAAAGCCAUUCUCUGAGGUGGAGACGCGGUCACUGUCAUCCUACAUCUCAACCAUAGACAACCUGCUAUUCUACGUGUCCUUCCACUCGGCAGCCGCCAUUCUCCUGCUUCCGAUGUCUGAUUCUAAAGAACACGUGGACAAUUAUGAUGACUUGAUUCAAAUAGGCAAAGCUUCCUUGGAUUAUGGAGCUAAAGUGAACAACGUUAGGUACGAGGAUAUCGGAACAGCUGCUGAGAUUUUAUAUCCAGCAUCAGGAGGCAGCAUGGACUGGGUGCGCCACACCUUCGAAACCCCCCUAGUGUAUACCUAUGAGCUACGAGGAAACUCCUUCCACUGGCCACCUUCCAGGAUCCCAGAGCAAGGCGAAGAAGUCGUCCAAAUGAUACGAGGCCUCGCAACAGAGGCCAAGAAAUUAAAUUACUUUUAGUACAUUAAAUUUCUAUUAACAUUAGUAUUUCUUGGUCUCAAAGGCGUCUCAUACACCAUACAAUAAAGUUGCACAAUAUUUAUUUCAUAACGGUUGAAGCUAUUGCAUGUGCAAUCUCUAAAUACGACCCCUAGACGUUCAAUUGUAUUGUGCAGUUAUUAAAAUUGCGUUAUAUUAUGUAUGAUGUAUGAGAUGCCUGGCAACGAAGAUAAUUAUUUUGUUUGCUUGCUCGGUUUCAGGAACAUGUAAUUAUACAAAUGGAAAAUAA